GUUGGGACAAUCGAGAGCGAGGACUUCCAGCAGCCGUCGUCCAUCUGCUUUCCCACGGAGCUCAGCAUCCACUGGUGUGACUACACUUCCAACACGCAUAACACCACCGCCACAAUGACCCUCCACCAAAACGGCAGCUCCUCAACCUCCGUCAUGGAGCCUCCCGCCGUCGAGCUCAAUGACCUCUCGCACUAUAUCUCCACUCACAACGCAGCGAAGCUCCCACACGCCAAACCAUCCAGCAUCAAAGCCGGCAAGACGCUCCAGGAGCAGGAUCCCAUCGAGAGGCUACCAUCCCCGACGACGCAGGCAGAUGCCAAGCUCGAGCAGUGGAAUGCGCCGCGGGGCAAUAUGUGGAGGACGCUGGCGGCGUUCUGGAGCUUUGUGGUUAUGGGGGCUAAUGAUGCGGCGUAUGGUGCUUUGAUUCCUUAUCUUCAGGAGUACUACGACCUUACUUUUGUCGUCAUCUCGUUGAUCUUUUUGUCGCCUUUUGUUGGGUACACUGCAUCGGCGCUGCUCAAUAACGCUAUUCAUCUCAAGUUUGGCCAAAGAGGAGUGGCUUUCCUUUCGCCAGGGUGCCAUCUCAUCGCCUAUGUCAUCAUUGCCGUGCAUCCUCCGUACCCUGUUCUGGUCGUCGUCUUUACGCUAGCAGGCUUUGGGAACGGUUUGGCUGAUGCAGCGUGGAAUGCAUGGAUCGGAAACAUGGCGAAUGCCAAUGAAGUUCUGGGUUUCCUGCAUGGCUUCUAUGGUGUCGGCGCCGUGCUCUCGCCGCUUAUCGCCACCACGAUGAUUACCAAGGGUCAGCGAUUGCCAUGGUAUAUGUUUUACUAUGUCAUGAUCGGAUUGGCUGUUGUUGAACUUGGUACUUCGCUUGCAGCUUUCUGGACUGAGACUGGCGCCGUAUUCCGCCAGAAUAAUGAGCGCACCUCCGACAGUAAGGACAGUCGCAUGAAGGAAGCACUGAUUCGCAUGCCCCAUGCACGAAUCACAUGGAUCUGCGCCAUAUUCCUCCUCGGUUACGUUGGCAUCGAAGUCGCCCUCGGUGGCUGGAUUGUCAAGUUCAUGCUGGAAGUGCGGAGCGGAAAGGACUUCGCGAGCGGCAUGGUGGCAACAGGGUACUGGAUGGGAAUCACUGUUGGGAGGUUCAUCUUGGGCUUCGUCACGCCGCGGAUAGGCGAGAAGUUAGCUAUCGCUAUCUACCUUCCCCUGACCAUGGCUCUCGAACUCAUCUUUUGGCUCGUCCCGCAGUUCUACGUCUCCGCCGUCGCCGUCGCCUUGCAGGGCUUUCUGAUGGGGCCGCUGUUCCCCGCCGUGAUAGUCGUCGCCACGAAGCUGCUCCCUAAGCACCUGCACGUCAGUGCGAUCGGGUUUGCUGCUGCUUUUGGUGGUUCUGGUGCUGCCGUGUUUCCCUUCGCUGUGGGAGCGAUCGCUCAGGCGAAGGGUGUCAAGGUGUUGCAGCCGAUUGUUCUGGCGCUGCUUGGGGCCAUUCUAGGGCUUUGGCUGUGCUUACCGAGGAUUAGGAGGAAGGAGGAGUGAUAGAUGUGCUAUGGUGGAC